GAGAGAUCUGCAAUGCGGUUUGUUUUCCUACUGCUGACGGUGCUGGCACUGGUGUCGGCUGCUUAUGGAUGGACUAAGGAAGACCACGAGAUCUUCGACCUUACAGCGCAGAUAGAAGCCGCGGAAGGCAAGGGGACGACAUUCUACUCGUGGCUAGAGGUACCCUCCACCGCGUCCGUGGCCGAAAUCAAUAAGGCCUACAGGAAGAAGAGUUUACAGCUCCAUCCGGAUAAGAAUCCUGAUGUCAAGGGUAUCCAUGAGAGGUUCGCGCGGCUGGGUCUCGUCGCAUCCAUCCUCAAGAGUCCAGCCGGACGGGAGCGCUACGAUUUCUUCUACAAGAAUGGCUUCCCGAGGUGGAAAGGGACCGGCUAUUAUUAUUCUCGCUUCCGUCCUGGUCUUGGAAGCGUCCUCGCGUUCUUGAUCAUCUUGAGCAGCGGUCUACAAUAUGUCGUCCAACGUCUCAAUUACAAACGGGAUGUGGAACGUAUUGAACGUUUCAUACGCGAGGCUCGGACGGCCGCUUGGGGCCCGAAGAUGAAUCCUUUGGAAGGGCCAAGAAAGGUAAAGGUGAAUAUUGGAGGGCCGCCAAGGUUGGAUGAAGAUGGCAAUGUUGUACCCGGUAAAUUCAUCGACAUGGUCGUCGACGGCCAAGAGGUCUUCAUCCUCGAGUCGGAUGGCAGCCGAUUGCCUCUCGAUACUUCCGCAGCUACUCCUCCCUCCCUCAAGCGUACCUGGUUCAUCUCGCUUCUGACGUCGCAAAUUUCAAGAGUCACAGGCAGACCCGCAGAGUCGCCGAUGGACGAGAAGGCUGAGGUUGAUGCCUCAGUUGAUGACGAAGCCAGCGGCGGAGAGACCACCAGCACGGGGGAUGUGUCUGAAGGUCCUGCCAGGAACGGGAAGCCUCUGGCGACCACCAAGGCAGGUGGCAAGCGGAGGAAGGCCGUGCGGAAGCGGUGAUGUUCGAUGAGUGUUAUUCAUCCGGUCGUUUGUCCUUAGACUACGUAACGAGCUUGAAUUCCAGACAACGUGUCUGAUCAGCGAACUAGACAGCAGUG